ACCAUCAAUCCCCUUCAGUCACUCUCACUCUGAACAGACACAAGCCCGCACGCACACGCACGCACACGCACACGGACAGACACUACAGAUGUGUGCCUACCUCUGUUUGAUUUGUGCUGCUCACUUACCAGUGAGCUCUGAACUGGAUUGGAGAGGAGGAGAGACAGAAGACGGGGAGAAAGGAGAAGAGAAGAGGAGUGAAGCUUCACUUACGGUCUGUCUGACAUUGACAUAGUGUUCACUGCUCUUCUAGGACACAUAUGAGACAAGGCUCCAAGUGGGACUCAGCGUGACCUGCAGAUAACCAACAGUGUGCCUUGGAGCCUGGAUGCACAGACUGGGAGUUGUGGUGGGGCAGCCGGACACCUACUAAAGCAGAGACCCAAGGGGAAGAAGGAGGGCAUCCAACAUCAACCUGAGUGUUAGUUCAAGCUCCUCCUCCCGUCCGUCUCAUAUCCUCUUCUCGUCCAUCUUUCCUCUCAUCCCUCUUUUUCUGCUCUAGAGUAGGAGAGUCAGUCCACGCUGUGAGUCCCAGAGAGACGGCAGAGUGUUGACUGUGUUAAGUGUGAAUGAUGGCCCUGUCCUGGUAUCUCUGCUUGAGCGUGGCUGUCCUCUGUGGACCCCCUUGGCCCCAAGGACACUCAGCUCUGGCCCCUGAGAACGAGGUGCCACUCCGCCCCACAGCCUGGCUGCCAGAUGGAAAGGUCACCCCCAUACAUCUACCCAAAGGACAAACCCGGAGACUGUACUUCAUACUGAAGAAAAAGACCACAAUGAUGUCUGUGACCGUCAGUCCUUGUGACCUCCCCCUGGAGUGGACACUCGUAGCUCGAACCGUGAAGGACAAACCGCCCAAGAGUCUGCACUGGAGUACCAAGAAGAGUAUGCCAGAAGUGUGGUGGAGAGGACCUGGGACUGAAGCCAAGAUACACACCUACACAGGCAAUGUCAUGGACACCUACACAGGUCCAUCCUACGUCCCAGCAUCUAUCUACAUCCUUAGGCUGCGUUCCAAGGGCCAGGACACAAAGGCUACUGUGUACCUUCACGAGGGCUCUGGUUCUUCAGGGGCCUUUCCAGAGCUUCCACCCGACCCCCGUGUCCACACCCUGGGCGUAGGAAUGACCAGCGUCACCCUUAGCUGGGACCCCAGUGUCUCCCUCACAAGGCUGCAACGCGCCAAGAGUAACUACGACUACUGUGUCCUUGUGAACCGCAAACACAACUACCACAACUUCUGUGCUGCCCGGGAAGGCAUCAGGAAAGAGCUUGAGGAAGACAAGAAAAGGAAGAGAAAGGACAAAGAGAGGAAAGUAACUGUGUGGCCCAUCCUAAAAGACUGGUGGUGGCAGCAGUGGGACGUCGACGCUGAGCUCCGGGCUCCCGCUGUGCUCCGUGACGAGCUCGAUGACCUCCGGUGUGUUUGUAAGGGAACAGAGACUGUGUGCACGGUGUCGGAGCUUGUCCCGGACACCCGGUACUACUUUGACGUGUUUUUGAUUGACGGGCUAAAUAAAACCAGUUCAGCGUAUACUGGGACGUUCGCUAAAACACACGAGGAGGCCCGACCAGCUAUCGUCCCACUCAGGGAAGGGGAGCUCCGGUGGGUGACCUUCCGGAACGGAGGCUCAACCUCCGGGGAGUUCUUCAGCUUCGGCCCCCGAGGCUGGCCGCACAGUGGCCUGCUCACGCUCCAGAGCUGCGGAGGCGGCGAAAAGAUUAAGGUCACCAUCUCCAGCAAGGGCGUAGAGCUGAAGUCCCAGGCUGUGGGGGAAGACCUGGCUCAGAUCUGGCUCCAGGGCAGCCCAACCUACCUCAUCCAUUUAGAGAGAGAGGAAACGGCCAGCCGCGGAAUACCUGCACCAGGGGCACUGAAGGCCUCUGUCAAGAUGCAGGCGUCCUCUGCCUAUCACCGUCAAGGGGCGCCUUCGCUGCCCUCCACCCUACAGAUAAAGUCUUUCAACCGGCUGAGGAGCUGUGAUUCCAUCACCUUGGCCUGGAUGGGCACCGAGGAGAGGAGCCUCUACUGUGUAUACCGACGAAGGCUGGUUAAGGGCGAGAAGGGAGGUACGCCCCCCUGCCUGGGGCCUGAGUCAAGGUCGGACACUGAAAGGGUCCUGUGUAAAUACUUCCAGGAGCUGAACCCUCGUCGAGCUGUCACGACUGCUGUGAUUGGGGACCUAGAGCCUGGGGUGACCUACGUGUUUGAUGUCUAUCUCAUGAGACGCUGGGGCAUACCUAUAAAGUAUAGCAGCAAGACCGUGCGAACCAGAAAGGAGUGCUGAGUGUCUGUCCGCUCCUAGUCUUGUAGUCUGCAGCAAGAUUGGACUAAAAAAGACGUGAAUUGCAAAGACCUUCCAUGACAAAGCCAUUCUACUUUGAGGGAGACUGUUAAGAGAUGGAUACACACUAAAGGGGGGUCACAUUUGAUCACCAUUGCCCAGCGAUUGGGUAGGAGAAGCAAAGGAAAGGAGACCGCACACCAGCAAAAUUCAUCCCAUUACAGUAACUUGCUGUGCUUUUUUUUAUAGUUGUUACUGAUGUGUCAGUUGUCCUUAUAGGCCUAGUUUUUCUGUGUCUGAGGGUUUUGACUGAAACAUUUCUGCAAAGACUGUGCCAAAACAUAUGCUACAUAAACAGAUGGAGCUUGACUGUACUUAACACUGUGGAGAGAACGUAUGGCAAGACAGUAUAUAUUUAGUGCUGCGUUGUUUUGUUCUAUAUUCUACAGGCUUAAAACACAGAUGGGGUAAUCUAUUGAUGCUUAGUGCAAAGCCAGUGUGUAUCUUGUGUUCUGCUUUAGCAUGAAGCAGAUAAAAUGAGUUAGAGAUUCAUUGUCUUUGAUAUAUUAUUGUGCUAAGCUUCAAAUGCACAAAUUAGGUAUCUGCAUCUCAAUAUCAACAUGUAGUAUUACGAUCCCUUUUUGGAUGAUUUCUCUCUUAACUGAAAGUUAAAUUAGAAUACAAUAAAUUGAGGAAUCAAUGUGAA